UGAUCGACGACCAGGUACUCUACCUUUCCCUCGCCGUAAUCUUGUAAUUCUAUAGGUGGCUGGCCCACUCUAUACGACUUCCUUUUCGCGCUUUCCUCCGCUUUCGCUGCCCAGUCUCACGUCCUUCACGACCCGCCACGAGAAUGCUGAACAGGACCGCCGGAACCCUCGGCCGCAGCGCCACGACGCCGCUCUCGCCCUCGCUCCUCAAGCUCGACCCCGAGCAGCGCGUGCGCCUCAUCAGGUCCAGCCAGAAGGUCGGCCGUGUCCUCGGCACGACACCCGUCAUCGACGUCGUCUCUCCGACGGCCGUCACAUUCACCCCUCCACCGCUUACCACGCCCGGCACCGCCCGCACGCCUCUCGGGAACGUCAAGUCGCUGUUCGCACAGCACUCACCUGUGACCUUCGCCUCUGUCGCCUCGAAGGCCUCCGCCCGCGAAGAGACUCUCAACUCGCCUGUCGUCCAGUAUAAGAUCCACGUGGACAGCAAAUCUACUACACGAAUCGACUCCCCGAAGGCUGCUGCUGCGAGGCCCACAGCGAACGGGCUGCGUCGCAAGCAUGUUCCUGCUGCCCUGCCCCUCCCUCAAGCACAGCGCACGGAAGCGUUGCCCCUGUCGCCCUUCCGCUACGGGAUGUUGAGAUCCGUACACAGCCCGGCUCUGUCUCCGCUGUCGCCCGUCUCGCCCAUGUCCCCGAUCACGGAGGCUAAAAUCGAGCAGAGCAAGCGGGACAAGCUCGAAAGGCUCGAACAACUCGCCCAGUGCGCCAGCAUCGGUGUCCCGCAGGAGGUUGUCUACCCGUCCUUUGGUCAGAUGGAGGAGAAGGCAGAGCAGAUCACCUCGUUCCUCGAUUUGUACCGCAUGCGUGCCCGGGACGACAGCAGCUUGUUCAAGGCGAGCGACAGCAAGACUAGCGCUGUGGAUGAGCCCGCGCAAGGCCUGCUCGCGGAAAGCAAGGAUGGUGCACGCAGCCGCAGGAUUACCCGCGCGAGCACAGAAUUCUCCUUGCAGAAACGGCGCAGCCGCUCCGUCGGCGACUUCCACAGCUUCGGCGAGGCCCUCGCGCUACAGAGUCCGCGUUUCGCCCUGCAAAGCCCGCGCUUUGCAGUGCAGCAGGACCGGCACCUCACCACCACGCCGCGCUCACCCGCAUACGCCGCUGCCCCGCCGCCCACUGCGCUCAGUGCGACCUCCGCUCUCGUCUCCCCGUCCAUCUACUCGCAGAUCUCCGCAGAGGAGGGCGACGUCCCCGUGCUCAUCCCCUCGCCGCCGACGAGCCCCGGCCUCAGACGGAAGCGCUCGCUCGCGCGCGCCAAGGCGAGCAUCAUCGGCGCCGACGCGCUGCUCAUGGCGCGAUUCCGCACGGGGUUCGGCACGCGCCCGCUCGACUUCGCGGUCCCGUCGCUCCCCGCGCCCACCGGCCCGCUGCCCUCGCCGCCUGUCUCGCCCGCGAUCGCAGACGUCAGGUCGCCCCGCGCGCCAUACUGGGUGCGCAGGUCGUUCCGCCCGCGCGACUCGCUCCAGGCACUGCACCUCAUCGAGCCUCCUGCGGCGCCCGUGCGCCCGAAGCGCAGCUCGCGCGGGGACGGGCGGGCCACGCCGCGCACGCUCCGGUUCGAGCGAAGGAUGGGAUGGGGUGGGCAGUGGAAUCAGGGAUCGUUGGCUGGUGCCAUUGACACGCUCAAAGACCUGCAGUAGUGGGAUGGGAAACUGGGUGAGGUUCGCAUGUUGAGGGCACGCUAGCGUGUUCGGGCAGGAAUCUCAGUCGAAAGCUAUCAUCCAUGUAUUUUUCAUACCGUCCUUCAGUAUGAAUCGACAUGGUUUGCGCGAUAUCAUGCAAUUCGGUACUCAA